AUCAUCAUCAUCAUCAUCAAGAGAGAGAGAGAUUAGUUUUUUUAAUUAAAGUUAAACCCGAGUCUGUGUAUUUAUAGUACCGAAGGGUCAUUUGUGUUGGAUUAGUACAUGCAUGGUGGUGUUUGGAGACAUGGCGGUGGAGCUGAUGAUGAGCUACGGCGGCGGACGAAGAAGCGACGGCGGAGACAGGUUUCCGGCGACCUCCUCGGCGGGGAAGAUCGAAGAAACCGCCCUGCGGGAGGCGACGACGGCGGGGAUUCAGGGCGUAGAGGAGUUCUUAAAGUUCAUCGGUCAAAGUCAACCCAGAGACCAGAAGCAGCCAGAGUUAACGGCGGUGACGGAUGUCGCCGUCAACAGCUUCAAAAAGGUGAUUUCUCUUCUCGGCAGAUCCAGAACCGGACACGCCCGUUUCCGGCGAGCCCCUGUCGCUCCUCCGCCGCAACAGCAGCGACCCUCCGUUUCCUUCAAAGGGUUCAACAACUUGAAAACAGAGCCGAAAACUGAGCAUGUUGUCGGCGGUGGAUCUGCGUUUAGGGUUUAUUGUCCGACUCCUGUUCAUCGUCUUCCGCCAUUACCGCACUCCAAGAGCAACAACGGUAUUGUUGGUGGUCCUUCAUCAUCUUCCCAACCUUCUCUGAACGAGGGACCGUCAACGACGAUAAACUUCGCGCCAUCUCCUCCGAUCUCGGCGGCGAACUCGUUCAUGUCGUCUCUUACAGGGGAUUCCGACAGUAUCCAGAUGUCCAUGUCGUCUUCUGGGUUUCAGUUCACGAACCCGUCUCAUGUCUCGGGCUCCUGCGGAAAGCCUCCUCUCUCUUCGUCUUCGUUGAAGAGAAGGUGCAGUUCCUUGGACGAAGCUGCUCUCAAGUGCGGCUCAUCCUCUGGUCGUUGCCAUUGCUCCAAGAAAAGGAAAUCUAGGGUGAAGAGAGUGAUUAGGGUCCCUGCAAUAAGCAGCAAAAUGGCUGAUAUUCCACCUGACGACUACUCCUGGAGAAAAUACGGCCAGAAACCCAUCAAAGGCUCCCCUCAUCCACGGUGA